UUUGCCUCUGGCUGUUGUGCCCCGCCCGGGGGGUUCGGUUCCAUUCUCAGGGAUCCAUUCUCAUCAGGGACCCACCCGCCUUGUUUCUUGGCGGUGCACUCUGCUGGGUUCUCCUACGUUUGUCCCCGUGCUCUUCGUCCGCACCCUCCCAGCAGAGCCUGGAGCGUUCCGUCCACCCGAACGCUUUCCGCCGCCGCGGAGUCCGCUGCGCCUUCUGCGGAACUCAGACGUCGUAGACGUGUUUCCAGAGGAGUGGGUUCGCCGUGCUAUUUGGGACUUCCGGAGCUUGCGGCGGCCGCUUCUGCGCAUGGCGGAGCUAAGACUCCCUGCCCGGGAGCCACUAGCAGCCCCAGGCCGGAGAACUAAACGCGCUCCGCGCGGACCCCGGCCCCCCCCCCCAGCUUCCGGUGCCUCGGAUCCUCCCCUUCGGAGUUCAGUGCAACCUGUAUGUGACUCCGCCACUAAGGCACAUCCCGUAGGCGCCUCAGCGUCGAUGAAGCAAAAGAAGAAGAAAACCCCGAACAGGGUCUCUGGAACAAAUGGAGACCAAAAGACCUCCGAGAAACCGGCCCCAGACGAAGCUCCCCCCAGUGCUGAGGCCCAGGCAGAGCAGCUGGCUCGGGAGCUGGCCUGGUGUGUGGAACAGCUGGAGCUGGGUCUCAAGAGGCAGAAACCCACCCCGAAGCAGAAAGAGCAGGCGGUAGGGGCAAUCCGAACCUUACGCAGUGAAAAAACUCCCUUGCCCCGGAAGAGACAGCUGAUGCGGUCCUUGUUUGGGGACUACAGGGCUCAGAUGGAUGCGGAGUGGCGGGAGGCCCUGCGGGCUCUAAAGGCUGCUCCCCAUUCAGCCCAGGUCCAGCUUGUGGGUGAGGCCGCCAGAAAGAAGAGUGGAAGGGUCUGCAGGCCUCGUCCAGCAGAAAGAACAAAGACCAAUCCGGACUUUACGGAUGAAGAGUUCCGGUUCAAUUUCUUUUAGCGUCACCUCCACUCUGGACCAGUCAUCCUCCUCCGGGGUGGUGUGGAGAUUUGUCUGGAGCACAGGGCCUUUCCAGGAAUUCUCUUGGCCAAAGUGAGAUUGGUUUGCUCCUCACUGCUGUGUGGACAGGAAGCUGUUGGCUGGUGUGAGGUUGCUGUGUGGAAACUUUUCAAGGAAAUGUACCUUCUGUCAGAAGAGAGAUGCAGAUGGGAAAUCUAUGAUAAGGGUGGUUGAGGUUGAGGGGGUUGUAGAAAGACAUUCUCUCUCCAGUCUCCAGGAGUGGCUUUCGGUGAUAAGGAACUGUGGAGAAGCUGCCUACACACAGGGCUCACUUUUGAAGGGAUGCCCUGGCCAUUGGUUUAGUGCUUUAUCUAUUGUUAUGUCGCCCUGAUUAAUAAAUCUUUUUUAAAGAACUAG